UCCAGAUUCUAACAGCAUUUCGUUUCUUCGGAAGGAAGGAAUCUCAGAGGGCAUUGACGCAGAAAAAUGGGGACGACAAGUUUCAUUUCAGCUAUGCGUAGAACUAACGCCAAAAAUUACCGCUACUUCGUCCCAGUGAUUCAAGCUCUGAAUCCGCAGCUGGCCGGCCGUUCUUCCGGCGAAAUCCCUAGCUUUUCAAAUCAGAAGAGAUGGCAUGUGGGCGGCGCUCACUGUCAUCCGCACCGCGAUCAUCAGGGAAAUGAAGGCGAGAAGAUCUUCCGUCUCGGCCUUGCGGCCGACGUCGGCUUGGCGGCCGGCAAAGCUUUUACCGGUUACGUCUGUGGAAGCACCGCGAUCAUUGCCGACGCUGCUCAUUCCAUAUCCGAUGUGGUUCUGAGCGGGGUGGCAUUGCUGUCGUAUAAAGCUGCGAAGGCUCCCAAGGACAAAGAACACCCAUAUGGUCACUUUUGAUCUGUCAUGGUAAAUUUGAGACUCUAGGUGCCCUUGGAAUUUCAGGUAUGCUAUUGGCUACUGGGGGAGGUAUAGCAUGGCAUGCUUUAGAUGUGUUGAUGGUAUGUGUAAGCUUAUUUUGUUGUUUUGGUGUGUGUUGUAUUUUGUAAAUUUGUUAAAGAUAUGUAUCUACCAUAUCUGAAACAGAAUUCAUAUUACUGGUACCCCCAAAAGGCCUAGGGAAAAUUUUUUUAAAAAGGGUUAAAACGUAACACAGCUUCCCUAAUAUGACCAACGGUCCAAUGUUUUUGUUUUCUUAUAGGAAUGAAUGACUCCUAUUUAGGCUAGUGUAUUUUCUCCACAUAUAUUAGUAUGUUAUUUGAGUUCUUUUUUUCACUUUCCAUAUCUUGCGAUAGGGAUUGUGGUCAGCAGUGCCUGAAGUGGUUAGCCAGUCACUAGCUCAUGGUCAUCAUGGUGGACUAGGACAUCAUCAUGAAAUUGAUAUGGAUCACCCUGUUCUUGCUUUAAAUAUGACUGUACUGUCUAUAGCUGUUAAAGAAGGGUAUGCUUCAUUUUAAUCAUCAACCACACAAGGGGACUAGUAUGAGGACCAAAUACUUUAGCAUUUCUUGUGUUUGGUUAGUUUUAUUUUUUCCUUAGAACUAUGCUUGAAACAUGUAAUGCACAAGGGGUAAACUUAAUUUGAUUCAAAGUAUGACUAAUUUGUUUGUACUGCCAUUGAAUAGAAACACUUCUUUAUGCUAUCAUUUUAUGUUGCUGUUACCCAUAUAUGCUGCUUUGAUGUUCUCUCUUUUAUAAAGAUUGUACCGGAUAACGAAGAGAGCUGGGGAGAAGACAGGAAGCGGACUAAUGAAAGCUAAUGCAUGGCAUCACCGUGCUGAUUCUGUUUCUUCUUUGGUUGCUCUCAUAGGAGUUGGUGGAUCUUUUCUUGGGGCAAGGUUCUUGGAUCCUCUUGCUGGACUUGUUGUUGCAGGUAUGAUCCUUAAAGCUGGACUGGAAACUGGUUACCAGAGUGUCCUGGAAUUAGUUGAUGCCGCUAUCCCCUCUCAUGUUUUGGAGCCAUUUAGAAACACAAUACUGCAAGUAAAUGGGGUUAAGGGGUGUAAUCACCUUCGAGGAAGGAGAGCAGGUUCAUUUUUGUACCUUGAUGUUAAUGUUGAGGUGGACCCAUUCUCUAGUGUUAGUGCUGCACAUGAAGUUGGUGAACUUGUGCGGCAUGAACUCCAGCAAGCACACCGUGAAGUUGUUGAAGUCUUUGUUCACAUAGACCCUUCGAAUUCACAUCAUCAUGACGAAGAGGAAACAGCGGAGUCCUACAACCACAAAAACAAAUCUUCUGUCGAGUACCCCACGGAGCUUGCAAACACUGUUUCAAAAAUCUUGUUAUCAAAAUUUCCAGAGAAAAUAGUGGUGGAGCGGAUAACACACCACGUGUUGUUGGAAGGACGGCAGAUAAUUCUUCAAGUUGAAGUCUCCAUGCCUGAGGAACUCUUGAUCAGGGACGCGGUGAAGCUCGCCGAAGAAGCAGAGAAAAUGAUCAGAGAGGAAGCGGCGACAGGUGAAGUUGUGGCACAAGUCUGCUUCCUGCUCCGACUAGGCAGGUGUCCCAUGCCCACAGGAGAUUAUGAUGGUACCUCCUAAUUGACUUAUACGGAGUAUAUCUCUAGCUGUGUUGAAGACCAAACUGGAAACCCAUGAUUAGUAUAACAAAACUACCUAUAUAUUCAGGGUCAUGUUAGGGGUACCCAAAAAUGAGAUACUCAUUUGUACACCAGGCAAACAUAGACAUUUCGUUUGCAUGGGGUACCGCAUUUUGGUGUACCCCUAGAUUUAUUCAUAUAUUCACGGAGCAUUAACAAAAUUAAUAAUAGGAUCAAUGUUUAUAUCAUUGUAUGUGUAGAAGCUUAUAGCCAUCAAGGAAUCAGU